CAGUCGAUUAUAUACUACGCUGAAUCAUCAAUCCCAAGGGCUCUGUCCACUGGCGAUAGCAAUUUACGAGUCGCUCGUUCAGAAUAGAUGUCUGGUCUAUGAACGACCCGCGCGAAGAGCAAGUUCCUAGGCAAGGUCGCGAAGCUACAUUGAGAUCUGGCGUCCAACAGGAUGCGCAUGCUUGGAGCUCAAGGUUGCUCAACUAGCAGAGGACAGUAGCAGAGGACGGCUGCGGAUGGGAGUUCUGCCUGCUAAAUUCCCAUAGAAGAAUUCUUUCAACAUGCGGCCGCUCUCACGCAGCCGAGAUCCUGUCACGACUGCCAAGCUCAUCUCCGCCAGCAUCGUCAUCAUCUUCUACCUCCUCUACGUUGCCUUUCACAAGCCGGUGGUCGUCGCGCCCAAGUACCCAAAGCGUGUGAGACAAUGGAUCCAGCAAGAGAAGUGGGUCAACAGCACCGGGGAGGCGGACGUGGAGCGGAGAGACGCUGUCAAAAAGGCAAUGCGACAUACGUUUGAAGGAUACAGGAAGCGUGCCUGGGGCAACGACGAGAUUUUGCCCGUAACGGGCGGUGUUGGUAAUACACGGAACGGCUGGGGAGCUACCAUCGUUGACGCCAGCACCACACUAGCGCUCAUGGGGAUGUGGGACGAGUUGACACUGUGCGUGGACUACAUCAUCGACGAGAUCGAUUUCUCGUCCAGUUUUGCUCUGGUCGACCCGUUCGAGACGACCAUACGAUACUUGGGGGGUCUGGUGAGCUUGAUACAGUUGGUGGACGAGAAGGUGAUUCCAGAAAAAGUCAUAAACUCGGCGAAGAGGAAGAAGCUCCUUGCAAAGACUGAGAUGCUGGCAAAGAAUUUGCUGCCUGCCUAUUCGACACCUACGGGGAUGCCGUGGCCCCGUGUAGAUUUCAGCAAGCGUUCUGGAGUUCCAGACCCACCAGAGGUGUACGAGAAGGAUCCCUCAAAGCCUCGCUACAUCAAUCCGGCAAUAGGACCCGCGCGUGCUGGCUCGAACAUCCUCGAGAACUGCGUACUAAGCGAGCUUACGGGCAACUGGGAGUAUUGCGCUAAGAGCACACUGGCUUGGUUCCCGCUCGUGUACAGCAAGUGGAUCGUCGAUGCUCCCGGUCUUGUCGACGCUCCCAUUGACAUCAUCACUGGAGAGCCAGUUGGUCGGCAGAAGCACUGGGAUGCUGGCCACGACAGCUACUACGAGUACCUCAUCAAGGCUGCCCUCCUGCGCCCACAUUCCCCUAAUAGCAAAAUGUACUCUCAGCGUUGGCUCGAAGCUGCUGACGCGCUACGACACAACCUGUCUAGCCGGGCUUCUCCAUCCUUAGACCACCCGGUCUCUCAUCUGUACAUGGGAAAGCUGAAUGGCCCUUGGUUUCUCAAUGAACAGAGCCACCUUGCGUGCUUCGCGCCCGGCAACCUGCUUCUUGGUGCACGUCACCUCAAUCGGAAAGAUCUUCUCGUCCUCGGUCAAGCUCUUCUUGAAGGCUGCCGGCACUCUUACUCCGCAACGCCCACAGGGAUCGGACCAGAGUCUUGGUCGUGGAUACCAGCGCCUCCAUACCGCAACGGCACCUUUGCACCAGAAACCGAGCGACAACUUUCAGAACACGCGGAUUACGGGUUUUGGACUGUCAAUCCGAAGUACAAACUCCGUCCUGAGUACGUCGAGUCUCUCUUCUACGCGUACCGCAUCACAGGCGAACAACGCUACCGCGAAUGGGCGUGGGAGGCAUUCCAGGCCAUAGAGAAGCACUGCAAAACUGAGUACGGUUAUGCCGGGCUCCAAGACGUCAUGCUAUUGCCUAAGACCAAGGGUGCGGGAGGAGAGAAGGACCAUAGCGGCUGGCUAGACGAGAGUGAAAGUUUUUGGGCGGCCGAGACGCUGAAGUAUCUUUGGCUUAUCUUUGCAGAUGUUAGCGUGGGCAGUCUUGACGAUUGGGUGUACAGCACGGAAGGCCAUUUGUUUCGACGGCCAAGCUGAAAGAGCCAGGGGUUAAGCAAAAAGGAAAAGCUCACGAUGAUUAUUAUUUGAAGUCGUGCCGUCGACUAGAUUGGAUAUGUACGGAAUUGCCACGAGACUUGCGAGCGCACGUUGCUAGUGCAGAGUCUCGCAGGCACGUACCUGGCUGAACGCGAUUGGCGAUCUUGGAUAAGAAUGCCCGCGCCCACCGCGGUUCACACAUGGGCCAGAGACCGCCGGAAGGCGCGCUGCUGGCCAUUGCUGAGUAGACGAAGAUGUAUCAGCCGAAGAGCGCUGUCAAACCCCAUUUAGUGCAUUGUGUAUCUACUGUGUAUUACUACAUAGGACAUAUAGCAUAAACGGAGUCUUUGGUGGUGAUGAUUGGUCAAUGUUGUUGCCAACUGCCAAUGGCGAUGAGAAC